UACUGUGCAAGCUGUGAUUGGUCACAGCUUGUCACAUGGUACAAGGCUGUUGUGAAUAGCCUUGUACCAUGUGACCUCUGUGAUCAUUCACAGAUUUCACAAGUAAUUAGCAAUGAUGUCAGGAAGUGACAUCUUGUUUACUACUAUUCAUGUGAUCACUGGUUGGCCAAUCAGUGAUCACAUGAAUCAGGACCUCACACAGAGGUCCCGUACAGCGAUCUGUGUAUGCGGUGCCACACGCUCCCAGGGAGCAUGCACAGGCAAUGGAUGCGGGGGGACAUUUAGAAAUGUUUAGAAAUGUCCACCCACAUCAGCA